AUGACAAGUAAAAUAUGCACAUUAGGAAUUUUCACACUAGUUCUUGUCGAAAUUCUAUGUUCGUCGACUUAUGCAAACCAAGAUAGUAUUGAAAUUCAAGAAUCUACUUCCUCAUGUCUAGAAAACUGUCAAUGUCGAGAUUCCGAAAUUCGUUGUGAAGGCUUUCCCUCUGAUAUUCAUCGGAUACCUGAAGGAGUGAAACGAAUAGUUUUUCAAAAAGCUAUUUCUUGCGAAGAAGAAAAUCUACAACGGUUGCACAAGUUAAUCGUGUUAACAAAUAUAGAAUUAAUCGGCCAAUGCAAUUGCCCUGAACAUCUCGCCGGACAUGACUUGAAAGAUGUUAAUGAGCUAAGAUCGAACUCUUUGGAGCUUCAUCGUCACGAAAGAUCAGUUAAUAGAAGAAGCAUCAUUAAUAGUCAAUACGCUUUGUCACUCGAUAAAACAUGGAAUUCGACUUCGGGCUACGUAUCUGUUCAAUAUAAGGGAAGAACUGGCGUUAUAUGUGAAAGUCUUUGGUAUUUAGAAAAUGCAGACGUAAUUUGCCGCCAAAUAGGAUACAUUGGCGCCUUCUCGGGAGCAUACGGACCUGGAUCACCUCGAUCGCAAGCAACUUUAAUUCACGAUCUUAGCUGCAAUGGUUAUGAAACGGUAGUCGACCAGUGCAGGAUAUCCCGAUCUUCAUAUACCUGUAGGGAAAUUUAUGUUCGAGGUGUAUCAUGUAAUCCUGGUCAAACAGCUGCCGAUUACGAUAGCAGAAAUCGUCCCGAUUACUGUACCUUUGAAAAAGGAUUCUGUGGGUGGUCAAAUCAGGCUACACCUGGUUUUAUACAUCAUCCCGGUGAUGGUAGACAUUAUAAUCCAUCGUACUCAUAUAGAAACUAUAUUUACGCCAUAAGACCACGUAACAGCUUAAUCAAAGUUAAUGCUGAGCUAAUUAGUCCACCUUUUGAACGACACAGUACUUCAUCAUCAUACGUAGGUUGGAGUAGUGGACUAUCUUCAUCUUUCAGACCCAAUGGAGUAUUUACUGUCAAACUUACUUGCAGAUCAGAUUACAGUUCUAGCUAUAUCUACAGUGCUUCCAUUUCAAUCAGAUCAAUUAUUGUCCAUAACGUCAAAGUUACUAAUGUUCAUCUUUAUUCCGUUAAUAUUCCUGGAGUCGUCAUUGGCUCCCUCGUUGGCAUCGCUGCCGUUAUUAUACUCACUAUCUAUAUCUAUAAAAGAUCUCAUCGAAGACAAGUUAUUCAGUCUACAGUUCCCCAGAGAGGAGGGCUUCCACAAUAUACACAGACUAACGUAAAUUUUAUUUCUCAAGCAGCAGCUAACAAGGUUGCAGACCCUCCAAGUUACGCAAAUGUAACGGCGCAAAGGGCAGGUGAUCAGCCCAUUUAUUAUACCACUAAUCCUGCAGCAACACAACCUGUCGUUAUAAAUCCACAACAGCAAGUAUAUCCCCCUAUGACACAAAUAAACCUGGCUAACCAGCAACAAGUAACCCUGGCUACCCAACAAGUACCGCCAAUUACUCAACAACAAUUAACUCCGACUACUCGACAACAUUAA